AUGGUCAUUUUUAUACGUCGUGCUUAUGCAUGCGUAUCAAUAAAAUUCAACGACUUCUUAAUGAAUAUCAAGGACUACCUUUCGCGAGAACCACUGUUGCCGGUCAGCAACACCACCAUUCUGGGGUUCAUGGUAUCGUCUUUGCUCAACUUCUUACAGCUCGUUCCUGAUUCCCCUUUUCAGACCCACCCAAAAAGUGUGUUCUUGGCAUUAGCCAGUUUGGUUAUGUACGGGGCAUCAUGCGAUGCUGAAGACAAGUAUACAAAUCAUGAUCCUGUAUACGUUAAUAUCGCACGUCAUGGAAAGAUCCUAUUUGGUUCUUUGUUGCUGGCGUCAUUGACGUCUAUUCUUGUACCUAGCUUCAUUCAGCCAGUUGUGUACAUAGCCUACAUCGCGUUCAAUGGCUAUGAGUUAUUUCGUUGGUUGUACAAGAAGAUUAUGGACCAAAUCCGAGAAAUUGACGCGCAUUUACCAUGA